AAGGAAAGCCCUUCACCCUCUCUUAUUUUUAUGGCGGGAAGAACUCCACCAUCUCUAACCCACGAAAUCCCUAAAUUUUAAAAUAUCAAUUUCACAAACAUCAUGGCGAAGUCCUUUGCUUUCUCAGCUCCUUCCUGGCGCUCUGUCAGUCUUCACAUCCCUUCCCCUAUUCGUGGUUGUUACUUUGCAUCAUAUACGCCAUGUAUCAGGCUGCCUAAGCAGGUCUACUUCUCCAAAGAGAGAAAAGCUACAAGCACUAAAUCAGCAAAAAAGCUCAGGGAACCAAAAGAUGUUCUUGAGGAGAAAGAUUAUCCUCACAUUAUGUGGUGGAAGGAGACAAUGCAGAUAUGUGUUAAGACAUCUUCUGCCCAAUUGGUAAAAAGACUUGCUUACUCUAAUCUUCUUGGCUUGGAUGAGAACUUGAAGAAUGGGAGUCUAAAAGAAGGAACGCUUAAUUGGGAAAUACUGAAAUUCAAGUCAAGGUUCCCACGGGAAGUUUUACUUUGUAGGGUUGGGGACUUUUAUGAAGCCAUUGGGUUUGAUGCCUGUAUUCUUGUGGAAUAUGCUGGUUUGAACCCUUGUGGUGGGCUGCGCUCAGAUAGCAUUCCAAAAGCUGGCUGCCCUGUCGUGAAUUUACGUCAAACACUGGAUGAUCUGACACGUAAUGGGUUUUCAGUAUGCAUUGUGGAGGAAGUUCAGGGUCCAGCUCAAGCCCGUUCUCGCAAAAGCCGUUUUAUAUCUGGGCAUGCACAUCCUGGAAGUCCUUAUGUUUUUGGACUUGUUGAAGACGACCAUGAUCUUGAGUUUCCAGAGCCAAUGCCAGUUGUUGGUGUGUCACGUUCGGCAAAAGGGUACUGCAUGGUUUCAGUGUUGGAGACUAUGAAGACAUUCUCUUCAGAGGACAGCUUAACUGAAGAAGCAUUAGUUACCAAGCUUCGUACUUGUCAUUACCAUCAUUUGUUUCUCCAUAAAUCAUUGAAGAACAAUUCUUCAGGGACUUCUAAUUGGAGAGAGUUUGGUGAAGGUGGGCUAUUGUGGGCAGAAUGCAAUGGCAGAAACUUUGAAUGGCUAGAAGGGGAUAUGGUUAACGAGAUCUUAUUCAGGGUAAAAGAGCUCUAUGGUCUUGAUAAAAAGGUCACAUUUAGGAAUGUCACCGUUGCUUCAGAAAACAGGCCUCGUCCAUUGCAUCUUGGAACAGCCUCACAAAUUGGUGCCAUACAGACUGAAGGAAUACCUUUCCUGUUGAAAAUUUUGCUCCCUUCAAAUUGCACUGGACUACCUGCAAUGUAUGUUAGAGAUAUUCUUCUGAAUCCUCCUGCUCAUGCAAUUGCAACUACCAUUCAAGACAUAUGCAAACUUAUGAGCAAUGUGUCAUGCACAAUUCCUGAGUUUACUUGCAUCUCACCAUCGAAGCUUGUAAAGUUACUUGAGCUAAGGGAAGCAAAUCAUGUUGAGUUUUGCAAGAUCAAAAGAGUGCUUGAUGAGAUUUUGCAGCUGUAUAGGAACUCUGAGCUCAAAAGGAUACUGAGAUUAUUAAUGGAUCCUACUUGGGUAGCAACAGGCUUGAAAAUCGACUUUGAGAUGCUAUUGGAUGAAUGUGAAAGUGUCUCUUCUAGAAUUGGUGAACUUAUCUCUUUAGAUGGUGAAAGUGAUCAGAAAAUGAGUUCCUAUGUGAACAUACCAAGUGAAUUUUUUGAGGAGGUGGAGUCUUCAUGGAAGGGCCGUGUUAAGAGGAUCCAUCUUAGAGAAGCUUAUGAAGAGGUUGACAAGGCAGCUGAAGCCUUAUCUUUAGCAGUUACGGAAGAUUUUCUUCCUAUAAUUUCAAGAAUAAGAGCUAUCACGGCACCACUUGGGGGUGCAAGGGGAGAAAUCUCAUAUGCUCGGGAGCACAGAGCUGUUUGGUUCAAGGGAAAACGUUUUUCACCAGCUAUUUGGACUGGUAACCCAGGAGAAGAACAAAUAAAACAACUCAGGCCAUCUAUAGAUUCAAAGGGUAGAAAGGUUGGAGAGGAAUGGUAUACCACAGUGAAGGUGGAGGAUGCAAUCACAAGGUAUCACGAAGCUGGUGCAAACGCAAAGACAGCAGUUUUAGAAUUGUUAAGGGGACUUUCUGCUGAAUUGCAAGCUAAAGUCAACGUUCUCAUUUUUGCCACCACGUUACUUGUCAUUGCAAAAGCAUUGUUUGCUCAUGUGAGUGAGGGGAGAAGAAGGAAAUGGGUGUUCCCUACUCUCGUUCCGUUUUCUGGUUCUGAGGAAAAGGGACAAACGAAUGGAUAUCAUGGGAUGAAAAUUACCGGUCUAUCACCAUAUUGGUUUGAUGCAGCUGAAGGCAGUGCUGUGCAGAAUACAAUUGAUAUGAAAUCAAUGUUUCUUUUGACUGGACCAAAUGGUGGUGGUAAAUCAACCUUGCUUCGUUCGAUUUGUGCUGCAGCAUUAUUUGGAAUAUGUGGAUUUAUGGUGCCAGCUGACUCAGCUGUAAUACCGCAAUUUGACUCUAUUAUGUUACACAUGAAAUCUUAUGACAGCCCUGCAGAUGGGAAGAGCUCAUUUCAGAUUGAAAUGUCUGAAUUACGUUCUAUUAUAACCGGAGCCACUUCAAAGAGCCUUGUUCUUGUGGAUGAAAUAUGCAGAGGAACCGAAACAGCAAAAGGGACAUGUAUUGCAGGUAGUAUUGUGGAAACUCUUGAUUCAAUUGGUUGUUUGGGGAUUGUAUCAACUCACUUGCAUGAUAUCUUCAAGUUACCACUGAUGGCAAAGACUACUGUGUUUAAAGCAAUGGGAAGUGAAUAUGUGGAUGGUCAAACUAAACUGACAUGGAAGUUGAUGGACGGAAUAUGCAGGGAGAGUCUUGCAUUUGAAACAGCUCGGAGAGAAGGCUUUCCAGAGGCAAUAAUACAUAGAGCUGAAGAACUUUAUACUUCAAUGUACAGAGAGGACUUAAAUUCAGGGAAGAGCAACAUAAAAGUUGGACAUUUUCCUUGUAGUGCAAAUGGAUCUCAUAAAGCCUACAAUCACCCAAUACAGAUCCAAGAAUCAGCAGAGCAAAAGGAGAAAUCUCUGAAAGAUGUAGAAACUGCUGUCAGCAUUGAGGUUUGUAAGAUGAAAACUACAUCAGAAGUUGCGAUAAGAUGCGUUGUAAUUGGUCCACGGGAACAGCCUCCUCCUUCAGCAGUUGGUGCUUCAAGUGUUUAUGUGAUCCUUAGACCUGACAACAGACUUUAUGUUGGACAGACUGAUGAUCUUGAGGGUCGGGUUCGAGCACAUCGGUCAAAGCAGGGAAUGCAAAAUGCAUCCGUCCUGUAUUUCUUGGUUCCUGGGAAGAGCAUGGCUUGCCAGCUAGAAACUCUAUUGAUUAACCAGCUACCCAAACAUGGCUUUCGACUCUCAAAUGUGUCUGAUGGUAAACAUAGGAACUUUGGUACUUCUGACGUCUCAUUAGAAGGUUUAAGUUUACACAGACAAUAAUGGAGUCUCAGCUGUAUUUUAGGGUAGUUAAGAUCCUGUAAUCUCAAAUGCUUUUGGUUAGACGGGGCUACAGCAAUUUUGUUUCAGAUGCUUUUUGUGCUAGAACAUAAAUCUUUUUGACAAGCU